AUGCGCCUCACUUACGUACUUACACUGGUACUCGCGACCACUCUUUACGCCAGUGGGACUGCGCUUCAUGCCACCACGGAAACCACUGCAAUGGCCACGAAAAAUGUGCUCUCGCCUAAUACAGUUGCUCGCGUCCCCACGAGCGAAGAAAGACUGCUGCGGCGUGUCGGCAACGAAAAUUACGAUGCCGAUGAAGAGGGAGGCUUCUUUGGGAAGUUCUUCAGAGAUUGA